AUUUCAAAUAUAUAUAUUUCUCAUGAUCAAAUUAUAUGUAUAGAAUGUUCCGUCCGUGGUAUAUUAACGAUAGACUAUUUUGGUUCUCGUCGAAAUAUAAACAGCAAACUAAAUGUUUGAAAGUAUUACAUGGUUUCACAGAAAAAAUUAUUGCGGAAAGGAAACGAUAUCACGAAUCCACUGGUGGACGAUAUCUAAAUUUUGAAAAUGAGGCAGAAGAUAAUGAUACGAUAGGAAGCCGAAAGAAGCGCCUUGCCAUGUUGGAUCUCAUGAUAGCAGCGUCCAAUAAUAACCAAAUGAGCGAUUCGGACAUCAGAGAAGAAGUUGACACCUUCAUGUUCGAAGGUCACGAUACCGUAUCAAUGGCUCUCACCUUCACUAUAUUACUAUUAACCGAACAUAAGGAUGUGCAGGAUCGCGUCAGAAAUGAAGUCAAUGCUGUAAUGGAAGAAAACGGUGGAAAACUGACUAUGACAGCGUUACAGAAUCUGCUAUACCUAGAGAGAUGUUUGAAGGAAACGAUGAGAUUGUAUCCUAGUGUUUAUUUGAUAACACGAAAGUUAGCGGAAAACGUAAUGCUACAAUCGUAUCUGGUACCUGCUGGAGCAAACGUGAUUAUUGACAUUGUACAUCUCCACCAAAAUCUUGAUUUCUGGCCAAAUCCAGAGGUGUUCGAUCCAGACAGAUUUUUGCCAGAACUGGUGCAAAAUCGUCAUCCUUUUGCUUAUCUACCGUUUAGCGCUGGUUCGCGGAACUGCAUAGGUCAACGAUUCGCCAUGAUGGAGAUGAAAACUGUAAUUGGUACUCUGAUGCACAACUUUAACUUGGAGCCCAUUGAUCACUUGAAAGAUGUUCGAUGUUCAACCGAUAUAAUUAUUCGCAUUGGGCAGCCCAUACGCGUGAAAUUCGUCCCAUCUAACAGAAAUUGUGCAACUGCUACAAGAGAAUAUGCAAAUUAUGUCGGUGUGAAAACCUAAUGUAUGAAGAGAAAUAACGAAUUAUUUAUGUAUAUUA